AUGAGUGAACUCAGAGACAGGUUGUUCAAGGCCAAGAUCUUCACAAAGAUAGACCUGAAGAACGGCUUCAAUUUGAUCAGGAUAGCUGAAGGUGAUGAGUGGAAAACCGCUUUCAGAACCCGCUAUGGACUGUAUCAGUAUAAUGUGAUGCCUUUUGGUCUAUGCAAUGCCCCUUCCGCCUUCCAGGCAAUGAUCAAUGAUGUGCUAAAGGAACUACUGGAUGAAGGAGUGGUAGUCUAUAUCGACGACAUCCUCAUCUACUCGGAAACUGAGAAGGAGCAUGAGCUACUGGUCAAGAAGGUUCUACAGAAUCUUAGGGAAGGAAAGCUCUGUGCCUCGAUCAGUAAGACAUCCUUCCAUGUCCGAGAAGUAGAAUACCUAGGUUAUCACAUCUCGGAAAAGGGAGUAUCUAUGUCAGAAGAUAAGGUGGAGGCAGUUAAGGAAUGGCCGGUCCCUGAAAAUAUCAAGGCUGUACAGGCAUUUCUCGGAUUUGCAAACUUCUAUCGCCGCUUCAUUGAAGGCUUCAGUAAAGUUUGCAAACCAUUAACUGAUCUCUUGCAAAAAGACAAGAAAUGGUAUUGGACGGCAGCACAUGAGCAGGCCUUUGAAGAACUCAAGAGGCUGUUCACAAGCGCUCCAAUCCUUCUUCAUUUUGACCCUAGUAGGAGAACGGUGGUCGAGACAGAUGCCAGUGAUUUUGCCAAGCGAGCGGUGCUCUCUCAGUAUGGGGACGAUGGAAAGCUACAUCCGGUGGCAUUCUAUUCUAAGAAGUUCUCCCCUGCUGAGAUCAACUAUGACAUUCAUGAUAAGGAAAUGGGAGCUAUUGUAGCCUCUUUCCGGGAAUGGGAACAUAUGCUCAAAUCUUGUGAGCAAGAGAUCACGGUUUUUACAGACCACAAGAACUUGGAGUGCUUUAAUUCUACCAAGGUUCUCACUAGGCGGCAAGCUAGAUGGUCUGAGGACCUCGCAGGCUACAAUUUUAAAGUUGUCUACAGACCGGGAGAAAAGAAUGGCAAGACUGAUGUGCUAUCUAGGCGCUGGGAUCACCGCCUUGGAGAGGGAGGUGAAACUCUGCAGCCGGAGCCACAGAUCUUUUUUAGGCCAGGUCAAUUGGUUUUGGAUCCUGCAAAGCUAGUGGCUGUCAGGGUGAAUCAAUUGCAGAAUACAUUCUUAGAGUGCCUAUAUGCGGCAGCUAAAGAGGAUAGUUUCUGGCAGGAACUGCACCGCUCCCUGGUCGAAAGGAAACCAAAUUUGGACCAGAACUUGUCGGUCAAGAACGGUCUCAUCUUCUAUAAGAAUAGAUGGUAUAUACCCAAAGACAAGAAGCUUCAGAUGGAAAUACUGUCCGAUACCCAUGACUCUAAGGUGGCUGGUCAUUUUGGCCAAUUUAAGACACUAGAGCGGGUGAAAAACAACUUCUUUUGGCCCAACAUGGAUAAGGAUGGUGAGGAAUAUGUCCGGAGCUGUAACAGCUGCCAGAGGAAUAAGACCUCAAGACACAAGAAGUUUGGUAUGCUCCAACCGUUGGAGAUACCCUAUCGGCCAUGGACUUCCAUCUCUAUGGACUUCAUUGUGGGAUUACCGGAAUCUAGUGGGUUUACAAAGAUCUGGGUAAUAGUGGACCGUUUUUCGAAAAUGGCACACUACAUCCCUCUUUCUACCCUCAAUAAAACGGAAGAUUUGGCCAAGUUGUUCUUGAAGGAAGUUUGGAGACUCCAUGGUUUACCUGAUGACAUAGUCUCGGACAGAGAUAGCAGGUUCAUCUCUCACUUUUGGCAAUCUCUCAUGAGUCUCCUCAAUGUGAAGCUGAAGAUGUCCACAUCUUUCCACCCCCAAACGGACGGUCAAACAGAAAGAGUUAACCAGACCCUGGAACAUUACUUGCGGAGUUAUUGUUCAUAUCAACAGGAUGACUGGGCAGAACUCUUGCCUUUGGCAGAGUAUGCAUAUAACUCGGCGGUCUCUGAGUCUACCAAAGUAUCGGCUUUUUAUGCCAACUAUGGUUAUGAACCCAGGACCAACUGGCCGGCCCCAAAGGAAGGAGUAGAAUGGAACAAUCCAGCAAGUGAGGUCAUGAUAUCUCAAUGGGAAUCUAUCUGGCAGGCUAUGAACGCCAGCUUAGGUAAAGCUAGAUUAAGGAUGGCCCGGUGGUAUGAUGCUCAUGCCCUGGCACCGCCCAAAAUCAAGCCCGGAGAUGAAGUAAUGUUGGACCGGCGCAAUGUGCAAACAAAGCGGCCUUUGGGAAAACUGGAUCAGAAGAAGAUGGGACCCUUUAAGGUCUUAGAAGCUAUUGGUACUCGUGCCUACAAGCUCUCUCUUCCCCCUCAAAUGGGAAUCCACCCGGUCUUUCAUGUCUCUCUUCUGGAACCUUACAGAGAACCAGUAGAUCCUGAGAGAAGAGUUCCACCACCGGAACCUGAAGAGAUUGAAGGAGAACAGAACUGGGUUGUCCGAGAAGUAGCUGAUAGCCGGGUCAAUAAGAAAGGGAGACGAGUGGAAUACUUAGUGCUGUGGGAAGGUUAUGAGAACGAAGAUGCUACAUGGGAACCUUGGGAGCAUCUCCAGAAGAGUGCUGAAGAAGCCCUUCGGGAUUUCCAUAUGAGGUAUCCUAAGAAACCCAAGGACAAGCGGAUUGUUGGGGUGUAG